AUGAAUUAUCUUCAAUUACAAUAUCCUCAUUGUAUAUAUGAGCCAAGAGGAGUAUAUAGUAUUAUAGAUACAAUUAAAGAUAUUAUUGAUACAUUAAAAUCACCAACAACAUGGAAAAGAUAUUUACCUAUAUUUUUUGGAGUAUUUUGGAUGGGGUUGUGUGGAUAUUGGAACUCAGUAUUUCAAGUUCUUGCACAAGAAAGAUAUACUCAAUGGUUAAUGAUGCACCCUGAAAUACCAAGACACCUUGUAUUACCUGAUUUCUUUUUUAAAGUAUUACCAUAUUUUAAACAAUCAUGGGUUUGUGAUAUUUAUAUUGGAAUUUUUGUUAUUUUUACUAAUAUUCGAUUUUUAUUAACACCAUAUCGAUCAUGUGUUAUAAGAAGAUACUUCUUCUUACAAGGAACAAUAUUCCUUAUUAGAUCAUUCUCAAAAAUUUUACAAUUAUGCCAGACCCUUCUUUAA